GCCUGCCAAUCUGCCCGCCUUCACCACAGCACGAGCAGCCCUGGGGCGGGUUGGUCGGUGUCCUGUCCUGAGAUGCUCAGGGCUCAGGAACAUAGCCCCAUCCCUCUCUGGGUACCAGUCCCAGCUACGAGUGCAGGGUGGCAGCGGUCGCUGGGAGGGAACAGAAAGGAGGAGGCCAGGUUGGGGCCCAGGGUUCACGGGGCAAGGCCAGGGACCAGAAACCCUCCCAGGGAGCGUCAGGCUUCGUCUACAAAACACACAGUCAAAGGUAAAGGACUGAAAAUUUCAAUACAGUGAGUGCAGAGCUUUAAACCCCAAGGUGGCAGGAAGAGCUGUGUGACCGCCCGGGUCACCUGCCUGCAAAGCCGGCCUGGCUACAGGCUACUAAACAUGCCCCGAAGUUGAAAGGCAUUAGGCUCAGCUCUGUCCCCCAGCACAUACAUAUUAGCUUGUGUUCCCGAAGCUUAAUCGUUGAAAACACAUACACGUAUCAGCGAUGCUGUGUUUUAUGGGCCGGGAAAGCUCCAUUGUGAAUUAGUGGACUUGGAAAAGAGUUUACAGAAACGCUAGAGAGAGAGAGAUGUGAAUCAGUCCUAGUACCAAUAGCCAGACACUCUGCUAAGCACUUUCCAUACAUUAUUUCAGUUAAUCCUCUCAAAUAUCCUAUGAAGUAGGUACCAUUAUUACAUCCUCAUUUUAAGGAUGAAGACGCUGAGGUUCAGAAAGUGAAGCAACCUGAUCGAAGUCAUAUACUGGCUAAAUCCAUCUGUCUGGCAUUAGAGUCUAAUUAUUCGAGUCUACUAAUUUUAAAAUUAUCCUAUUUUUUCAUUUCAAAAAUGAAGAACAGAGCCUUGCACGAGCCUAGCAACUGGAUGGGACUUUUGGGGGCUGCAGUGAUACGGGUGUAACUUUUAAUACCCGUGUUCUUCAUGAAUUAAAAGGGUGUGAUAAUUAUGACUUUGGUCUCCUAGGUGAUGUUGUCACGGGCUCAGGGAUUCAGAGGUAACUUGGCAAAACAAUCGCUACCCCUCCCUUUCUCCCUGGGAAUUUUAGGGACAGUACACGUGAAAGCCAGGGAAGUGACACUAUAUUUACUGAGCUCUCACAGGGCACCAGGCCUCCCUCAAAGCAUUCCACGUGUUCAAAACUCUUUUGUGUCAUCACCACACCAGCUCCUCAGAGCAACCUGGCAGGGCUGGCGGAGUGACUGCUCUCUCUCAAUAACUCUGAGUUGGUCCUUGUUUGAUAGAUACGCAAAGGGAGCUGGGAGCAGUGAGGCGUAGUUUGCUCUUCUCCCCGGACUAGGGCAGAGUUGGCCUGGUGUCCUUUCCACCACCCCGGUCAGAAUCCCCCCAGUUCCAGGCUCUGUGGAGGCCAAGGGUUAUGAUGCAUCACAUCAGCCCUUGAUCCUGGGAAAUGGAGCAUGUAAAUGUGCCUUCUUUAUGGAUCCACUUCACUGACCAAGAGCGCAUCCCAUUACUUUCAAAUAUAAGGGAGCCUCUCGUCCUCGCCAAGGAAUCCCGAACCUCUGUUUGAAGAGUCUUCCCUCAGAGAUGGCGCCAAGCAGGAAGAUGUUUUAUUUUGUCUUUGCCUUUUUCUUCAUUUUGGCUCAGUUUCCAUCAGGGUGCCAGGCAGGACUCGAGUAUUCCCAGCCACUUCCAGCAGGUGACUUUGCUCCUUGCGAGCCAUGCAGGCUCGGCCGGGGCAAAUGCAGGAAGGUGUGCGCGGAGGAUGAGAAGGUUGUUGGGAGUUGCAAGGUGAACUUUGUCUGUUGCCAACGGAGGGUCCAGUAA